CGGAGUGACGACAUCACGGACCCAUAGCACAAGAUUAGUAGAGGAGGCUGUUACCGAGACCAAGCGGCAGUUUACAGAGAUAGAGAGCCCACUAAAGCGCCAGUGCUCGCCGAUACUGUGGGUUACAGAGUCCUGCUUCGCGAUGCUUCAGUUCGGCGGCAGGGUGUGUGGUGUCCCCGUUCUCGUCUCGCUGAUUCUGGCGGGGCUGGCGGCCGCCUCUUCUGAUCUGUUUGAUAACGACCUAGGCGACAUCAAUUACUGCAAAAAGCAAUGCCAGAUCACCAUCAAAAACAAAAGCCCGUCUAAACUGCAGGACACCGUACUCAACGCCUGCCACCGGGGCUGCCGUCUUUUCUCCAUCUGCCAGUUCGUGAACGGCAACGCCGGCUUCAACACCAGCAGGGAAGAGUGUCAGGGAGCCUGCCAGGAGGCCUACAGCAGGCAACUGGACCAGGAGGCCUGUAGCACGGGCUGUGGGAACCAGCCGACCGAAACGGAGAGCAUGAGGAGGCGGCUGAAAGCGAUGACGCGUCGCACAAAGCCCGUCUCCGUCAUGGAGGCCCUGUCCAGCUGGUGCAACGACAUCGUCAGCUCCGCCCAGAGCUUCAUCUCCUCCACCUGGACCUUCUACCUGCAGGCGGACGACGGCAAGGUGGUGGUGUUCCAGAGCCAGCCGGAGAUUGAGUACUCUCUGCCCGAGCUUCAAGCCCCCAGGUCCGAUGUGGCUGACAAGCCUUGGCCCCCGGUGAACUCCCACACACAAAGACCCCAUACCGGCUCCAGGCAGCGAGGGGAGAAGGCCGCGGCCAGGGCAGGGGGUAAAGGGAAACACGUGAACCAGCACGCUGAGGACCCUGCCGCCGAGCACGACUUCCUGGGCUGCAUGUCACGUCGCUCCGGGCUGCCUCGCUGGAUUCUGGCCGCCUGCCUCUUCCUGUCCAUCAUGGUCAUGCUGUGGCUGAGCUGUGCCAGCUGGUCACUGCGCCCCGACCAGCACAUUAAGACCCAGCUGAGCAUCAACGGAGACAAAGAGUUCCUGGACGAUGUCCAAAAAGUCACCCCUUACCCUUUGGCCCCUGUGAUUGCUGUGGCCAUCAGCCAAUCGGAUGAAGGUGAGGAGGCGGGACCGCUGCCGGUGAAGGUUGACCUGAACAAGACCGUUCUCUGAGUGGCCAAUGAGGUCAGGCCAUGG